UAACGUCCUUCAAAACAAACGUUGCCACGAGGACCUCCGACCGAACGUUUUCUGCGCCCGAGUCUCCUUCUCUCGACCCGUUUUUGACCGAGUUGCCAAGUUUUCUCCCGUAGAAGAGGGCGUGAGCAGAGGCCUUGAGGGCUGGAGGUGUCAGGCAAAGGGAUAGCUAAGAGAAAAUAAGGAGCGGAUCUUCGUUGAAUAAGAGUUGAGAAGAUGCUGCUGCCUAAUCUCCCCCCCCCAGAGGAAGGCAUCAGGCAUAGGCAGCCCAGCACGAGGGCAUUCGUGGGCCAGAGGGAACUGGGGUCGGGGGUUCUCUACAUUGCCGAGAGCCGAGUCUCCUGGGCGAAAGAAGGAGAGGACAGUGGUUUGUCCCUCGAGUAUCCACAUAUUGCCAUCCACGCGAUCAGCCGAGACUUGUCGAACUUCUGCCACCCAUGCCUUUAUCUCAUGAUUGAUGUCCAGCUGGAAGAGCCAGAGAGUGCCAUGAACGGAGGCAGGAACUCAGACUCGGAGGACGAAGAGGAUGAAGACACAGCCAUGACAGAGGUGCGGUUUGUUCCGUCAGAUCCCUCGUCACUCGAUCACAUGUACAAGGCCCUCAACGAAUGUCAGGUCCUACAUCCCGACCCAGAAGAUCAACCUUCCGAUGAUGAAAUCGGGGAAGAGGAGGAGGAUGAAGGAGAAUAUGAAGUCAACGAGAAUGGCGACGACGUUCAUGGCGUUUAUGAGGAUGCCAUGGAGGGAGACCUCGAAGAUGGGCCAUUUGUAGGAGGCAUGGCUGAAGGGCGAACAGCUCGGAACGGCAUUGAGGACGACGACGCUAUGGAAACGGGACAGUUUGAUGAUGCUGAUUAAGAUUUCCAUUUUUUUUUCUUUCUUUUUUAUACUUUUUGUUUUUUAUUUAAUGAAAAUGUUGUAAAGGUUGUAAGGACCACACCCAGAAGUGAAGCCAAAUAUUUCCUUUGUUUUGAGUUUUGUAAAGCUGGUAUGUGAUAACUUAAAAUUUUGUAUUUUUAUGAUUUUAUUUGUUAAGUGUACACAGUUAGCAGUAAUUAGUUACCAGUUACCAGUAAUAUUCAUCAUAAGGAAAUCAAGUCCACACCAAGUGAUGCGAAUCUUGCAUAUUUUUAUAUGAUAAUGGAAAUUUACGUUACAAAUAUCUAGUGAUAUUUCGUAAAGUUGUAAGUUAAGUUGAUAUUACACAGCUGUCUUUUGCACUGUAGGAAAUGAAUCAAAAAGACUAUU